GCAUAUUUGUGUGUGUUUAUUAUAUUUAUGUAUACGAAGUAUAUUCAUUAUACGAUGCAUUUAGUGCUACGAUUAUUGAACGCUACAUCCGAUUGACCAAUCAGGAUACAAAAAUCUACCCUUCCGACAGUUUCGAAGCGUUUGAUUGGCAACCCGCUCUUUAAUUUUAAAGAUUGUUUUUUACGUUUUAAAAAAGAUUGUUUUUUUUUUUCCAAUUAAAUAUACGCACACGUGUAUAAAUACAUAUAGCUUUGUAAUAAAGCUUAGGAGGGAAGAAGAGAAAUGAUUGGAACGGAAAAAAUUCAAUGACAAAGAACAGACCACCUGAAUAUUUCAGCCGUAAUAUGAAAACAAUAUUUAAAAUAUAUUUAUUGACCUUGAAAAACGAGAAAUAGAGCAAUAAAGAUAUGAUCUUUCUAAGAAAUAUAGGCACGACGAGCGUCACAAAUGAUCGCAAAUUUAUACACAUGUUUGCGGAGAGGGCAAAGGUGAAAUACGAAUAUACCUAACCUAAUCAAGAAACGUCAUUCAGUGCUGAUAGAGUCGAGAUAGUGGCUGUACAUAUUAGCUAGGAUAUUUCUUUUUUCAAGAAAAGAUAUUAAUUGUUUACUAUGGCGACCAUAACGAGAUUGACUAAAAUGAAUUUCGUGAGCAGGCGUUUAUACAGUUCCAAAGUCAAAUUAAAUGAUGUUGUAAUAGUCAGUGCCGUUCGCACCCCAAUGGGCUCGUUUCUUGGAUCUCUAUCGAGCAUGUCAGCUACUAAGCUUGGUGCGGUAGCUGUGCAAGCAGCUAUUGAAAGAGCUGGUAUAGCCAAAGAACAAGUUAAAGAGGUAUAUUUGGGCAAUGUUUGUCAAGGGUUUUUAGGUCAAGCGCCAGCGAGACAGGCUACAUUAUUCGCAGGACUUCCAAAAUCAACGAUAUGUACAACGGUGAACAAAGUUUGCGCAAGUGGCAUGAAGAGUGUCAUGCUGGCUUCUCAAUCUCUGCAGUGCGGCCAUCAAGAAAUCGUUCUAGCCGGUGGUAUGGAAUCUAUGUCUAAUGUGCCAUAUUAUUUAGCACGUGGCGAAACGUCGUACGGCGGAGUUAAACUCGAGGAUGGCAUUGUGUUCGACGGACUGACUGAUGUUUACAAUAAAUGUCACAUGGGUAACUGCGCCGAAAACACGGCUAAGAAACUCAAUAUCACUCGUCAGCAACAGGAUGAAUACGCUAUCAGCAGUUACAAACGCAGCGCGGCAGCUUAUGAUAGCAAUGUAUUUAAAGACGAGCUUGUGCCCGUUAGCGUGCCUCAAAAGAAGGGCAAACCGGACGUAAGUUUCACUGCGGACGAGGAAUACAAGAGAGUCAACUUCGAGAAGUUUGGCAAAUUGAGUACAGUUUUCCAGAAAGAGAACGGUACAGUGACAGCUGGAAAUGCGUCCACUCUAAAUGAUGGUGCUGCCGCUUUGGUCCUAAUGACCAGUGACGCUGCUCAAAGACUGAAUCUCAAGCCUCUGGCUAGAGUUGUCGCUUUUCAGGAUGCGGCAACGGAUCCUAUAGAUUUCCCGAUCGCGCCGGCUCUCGGGGUGCCAUCGCUACUUCAAAAUGCUGGAGUUAACAAGAAUGAUAUAGCUCUGUGGGAGAUCAACGAAGCAUUCAGCGUUGUGGUUGUGGCAAAUCAGAAAUUACUCGACAUCGAUCCUGCCAAGGUAAAUGUUCACGGUGGCGCCGUUUCGCUUGGACAUCCCAUAGGCAUGUCGGGAGCGCGUAUCGUAGUACACUUGGUGCACGCUCUCAAAGCUGGGGAAAAGGGCGUAGCAUCGAUCUGCAACGGGGGCGGCGGUGCGUCAUCGAUCCUGAUUGAGAAAUUGUAAGUUCGCAAAUUAUCACACGGCUGCCAUUUCGGUUUGCACGAAGCGGACGAUCUGUCUUUAUGAUUGACAACAUAAGUCCAGUAUAAAAAAAAAGCAUUAAUUUUUAUACAAUUAAUUUUUAUAUUACGAAACUGUAUGCUGUUACAGAGAUAUUAUAGAAAAAUGAUAUUGUAAAAGCUUCGGCUUUUCGUAUUCGUACAAGUAAGACUAUUAUUGUUAUGUAAGGUACUUUACAUUUUUCUAUGAUAUAUUUUCUAUGAUACAUAUAUGUACAUAUAACAACUCAAACCAACGCACGAAAGUGUAUCAAGAAAAAUAUUUUUUUACUGUAUACCUAUUUUAUUGCUGUUCAAAGCAUAUCUCGUUGCAUUACUUUGUUAUAUGAAUAUACAGAAAUAAACUCUUUUACAUUGGCA